AUGGGAGACCGAUUCCAAGAUCAAUCGAAGUCAGGGUCAGGAUCCAACUCGAGUUCAAAUUCAACCUCGUAUGCAUCACUUAGAAACAUUGAAAACAAUGAGAAUUCCAAGAUCAACGUCGAUAUCAACCAAAAUUCUUCAUCACCAUACAAAUUGUACUUGAAAAUCAAUGCCAAUCGAGCUGCUGACUUGGUCACGACUACAGACUCUGAGAAGGAGGCAAAUGCUGGCAAACACUCAUCGAGGAAAUUCAUCAAUCCAGUUCUUGUCGCCAAGAUCAAUGACAAGAAGAAAGUGACUCAGAGGAAAACCAACACAAAUCAACCGAGUUGGGAUGAUGAGUUGAACUUGUCUUUAAAACGAGGAGACUUGUCGUCGAUUUUGGUGAUUUCAGUGUGGGAUAAGCAUAAACGAUACAAAAAUUAUUUAGGAGAGUUGAGGUUGAGCUUGGAAAAGUUGUUCCUUAAAGAUGAUGGGACUUUUACUGAAAAAACGGAAUUGAAAUGGUAUGGUCUUAGCUCUAACUCAACAGUUCAUGCGUUCGUCACGGGGUCAGUCUUGCUUUCAUUUGAAUUGUUUGUCAAAAGAAGAAAAUCAAGAACCAUCACUGGGAAAAAGGAAGUAGGGGCGAAUGUGGGAGCGCAAAUGCAAGACUUGAGAUUGAAUAUGACUGAGCAAGAAUUUAAAACAUGGUUGCGAAGUUUGAUUGAACCUGACUCGAAGGCUCUUCAUCUGUUAACCCCCGACGAGCAAGGGUUUUAUGAUGAGGCAAUGACUGAUAUAUCUGAUAUGGAGUCCUUAGCCACAAAGAAAUCUGCUGGUUCCAUUUUAAGUAACGACAGACCCGCAAACAAGAUCAAAAAAGACAAUUUUCUCAGUGUUCGUGGUAAUGAUAGGUACGCGAGCUCGUUUUCCGAGCAAUCAUCCUAUCUAUCGACUGAUGCGUAUAGUGAUGGAAACUUGUCACAGGGAGGUGGAGAGAGAAAAGACAAACCAAAGAGGAGGUUGGGUAUAAGGAAAACUGGCCGUGCUCAUAGCGAUCUUUUCAAGAGCAAGAAAUUUGAAUUGAGUGGACGACAAGUGUUGGGAGUUUUGUUUAUCGAAAUUGUUUCGUGUGAAGAUCUACCACCAGUUUCAAAUUUCACUCGCACCAGUUUCGAUAUGGAUCCGUUUGUGGUUGUAACAUUCGGUAAAAAAACGUUCAGAACAAGUUGGAAACGUCACACUUUGCUGCCAAUUUUCAACGAGCGUGUUGCAUUUGAAGUUAUGGCCCAUGAGAGCAACUAUACCGUCCAAUUCUCAGUACUCGAUAGAGAUCGUUUUUCAUUCCAUGAUGAUGUGGCUCAUAUAAAGUUGGCUCUUCGAGAUCUUAUAGAACUAUCUCCAUUUCAAUCAUUAAUGGAUCAUGGUUUGUCAAGCUCAGAUUUAAGUGCCAAUCCAGAGCCAGGGUACUCCACUGGUGACCUUGAUGCUAGUCUGAAUUCCAAUGUCAAGAUAUUGGAAGAGGAUAAUAUUGUCAAAUCAGUCAGGAGGGGGAGAUUUUCAAACAGAAGAAAAAUCGUUGAAUCUACAGUGGAUACAUCAAAGUUCAAAGUUAUGUCGUUGAGUCUUGACUUGCAUGAUCAAAAGUAUUUGGGAAAAUAUUCCCCAAAAUUGAAAAUUCGCGUUCGUUUUGAAACAUAUAAUGAUUUGCGAAAGGAAUUUUGGAAAGUGUUGUUGAAACAAUAUGAUUUGGGCGAGACAAAACAGGAGGAAACUUAUGACUUUAUGGAGUUGGUUUCUCUCUUGGAUGCUUUAGGAACCAAAGAUGCUGAAAGUUUGGUCGAGGAGUUUUACAGAAACUUGGGAAAAGAUGCCACAGCUGACUCAUUAGCCUAUGAUGAGAUCAUCGAACAAUUGGAAAUUCAUGUCAGUUUAAAUGACCAAAAUUCUAAUAGAAUAUUUGUGUUUGACACUUGUCCCUUGUGUUCACAAAAGAGACUUUCAAAGAAACAAGAUACCGAUAUAAUCACCCAUUUUGCGAUCUGUGCUUCUAAAGAUUGGAGUAUUGUGAAUAAACUUCUUGUUUCCUCUUACGCUACUCCACGUCAUGCCACCAAGAAAUGGUACUCCAAAGCACUUAUAAAACUUACAUACGGGAAGUACAAAUUGGGCGGCAACACAGCCAAUAUAUUUGUCCAAGAUCGACUAACUGGUAUCAUUGUGGAGGAGAAGAUGAGUGUUUACGUUCGAUUGGGAAUACGCUUACUAUAUAAAGGUUUGGAUAAAGCUAAAUCCAAACGAGUCAGAUUGUUGCUUAGUAGCCUAAGCAAGAAACAAGGGAGGAAGUUCGACUCACCACUGCUGAAGGCAGAUAUUGCAUCGUUUAUUAAAUUUCAUAAACUUAGUCUUGACGACUGCUUGAUUGAAGACCCAGAGGGAUAUCCAACUUUCAAUGAGUUUUUUUACAGGAAAUUAAAGCCCAAUGCUCGGGUUAUUGAAGAUAAGAAGAAUAAGGGCAUUGUUUCAUCUCCAGCCGACUGCAGAUGUACCGUUUUUGAUUCAGUUGAUGAUGCAACCAACUUGUGGAUAAAGGGGAGAAAUUUUACAUUGGCGAAAUUAUUUAACGGCAAUUUCCAAAAUUUGAAUACAACCAAUUUAUACAAGUCAGACCAAUGUUCAUUGGGGAUCUUCAGAUUAGCACCACAGGAUUAUCAUCGGUUUCAUUCGCCCGUUUCGGGGACUAUAGGUCCAAUCAAGUAUAUUGAAGGUGAAUACUACACUGUUAAUCCAAUGGCCAUUAGAUCAGAAUUGGAUGUGUUUGGAGAGAAUGUGCGAAGUAUCAUACCUAUACAGACUAAAGAGUAUGGAAUGGUAAUCAUGAUCGCUGUGGGGGCGAUGAUGGUGGGCUCAAUAUGUUUAACAAAACAAGAGGGUGAUUCCAUUGAACGUGGAGAGGAAGUGGGGUAUUUCAAAUUUGGUGGAUCAACUAUAAUAUUGUUGUUUGAUAGAACAAAGUUUACAUUUGAUAGUGAUUUGGUAUCGAAUUCCAAGUCUUGCAUUGAAACCUUGGUUAGAGUUGGCCAAUCUAUUGGUCAUUCUCCGGAUGUAAACGAAUUCAAGAGAGACCAUGUUGAAUUUGAUCAAUUACCACAGACUACUAAAUUGCAAUUGAUUCGUGUCUUGACAGGCGGUGAUUUGACGGAUAAACAUCAAUUGAGCAACUGGGAGGCAAACCGAACAACUGGAUUGGAAGAAGUUGAUGAAGAAGAAGAUUAUUAUGUUUCUGAUUCGAAUAUUAGUUUUGGUGCCGAUUCCUCAAUGGAGGAAGAAGGGUCGAUCACGUCGGAGUAG